UACAGGGUGUUAAAAAUGGAAGUCAACAAAGAAAAAAUUCGGUACAUUUUACAGUUUUUGUUCGAUAAAGGCGAAAAUGCAAGCCAGGCGGCUGUAAUUGUGAAUGGUGUUUAUGGUGCCAAUACUGUAACAGCUAAUUACACGCAAUUUUGGUUUCGUCGAUUCCGUGGAGGCAUUUUUGAUGUUAAAGAUGCACCUCGCACAGGCAGGCCCGUCGUCGAAAAUGUCGAUAAAAUCAUGAAAAUGAUCGAAGUUGACCGGCAUGUUAGUAGUCGUAGCAUCGCCCAGGAGCUGAAGAUCGACCACAAAACAGUUUUAAACCAUUUGGGCAAAACAGGAUUCAAAAAGAAACUCGAUGUUUGGGUGCCACACCAAUUAACACCAAAAAACAUGAUGGAUCGAAUUUUCAUCUGCGAAGCCUUGGCCAAACGAAAUGAAAUCGACCCAUUUCUUAAACGGAUGGUUACUGGGGAUGAGAAAUGGGUCACAUACAACAAUAUUGUACGAAAACGAUCGUGGUCAAAGCGCGGUGAAGCAGCUCAAACGGUGGCCAAACCAGGACUAACGGCCAGGAAGGUUCUACUGUGUAUUUGGUGGGACUGGAAAGGAAUAAUUUAUUAUGAGUUGCUUCCGUAUGGCCAAACACUAAAUUCAGAUCUGUACUGUCAACAACUGGAUCGUUUGAAGCUAGCGAUUAAUGAGAAACGGCCAGAAUUGGCCAACAGAAGAGGUGUUGUGUUCCAUCAGGACAACGCCAGGCCACACACGUCUGUAGUGACUCGCCAGAAACUCAGGGAGCUUGGUUGGGAAGUUUUAAUGCAUCCACCAUAUAGUCCGGACCUGGCACCAAGCGAUUACCACCUUUUUCUCGCAUUGCAAAAUUUCCUGAGUGAUAAAAAAUUGGGAUCAAGAGAGGAUUGUGAAAAUCGAUUACUAGAGUUUUUCGCCAAUAAGGACCAAGACUUCUACGAGAGAGGCAUUAUGAAGCUACCUUCAAAAUGGCAACUAAUUAUACAACAAAACGGUGCAUAUUUGACCCAAAUCGGACAAUCCGAAAUAUGUUAAAUAAAGUCUUGAAUUUCACGCAAAAAUAAUGGAUUACUUUUUCCCCAACCUAAUAUAAUUAUUCGUGAUGUGCUCUUUAGAGAGAAAUAAACGUAAUUAAAACUGUGAUUAACGAACUAUGUAAUUUAAAAGAUAUAAUUUUAUAAACAAUUUUUCAAUUAAACGAUGUUACCAUUGGUUUUCAUUUCAGAACAACACAUUGCUGCAUUAUAUUGCGGAGGAAGGUGAUACACACGUGGAAGUUUUGGCGGAAAUGUUGAAUUUAAGCAAUUGCUUAAAAACAAUUCCGCUUCUGACAUAUCCAGCUACAAUAUAUAGGGUUAGUUAAACGAUAGAUUUGAAAGAAGAUUGAUCAAUUUGGUAAAAAUGAGAUGACAGCAUAUUAAUAAUGCAUAUAUCACGGAUACAAAAGAUGGUGUAUAUACCUAUUAAAGCAGAAUCGUACGGAGAUGAUUAAAACUAUUGGAUAAAUGAAAUAGUGUAGUACCCAAAUAGCACAGUACGUCUUAUGAACGUUCAUUUUACGUCCAUUUUUUGAUCAUAUAUCCAUGGACAUAAAAUAGUUGUCCAUUGUACGUCCAUUAUAAGUACGUACAUUGAGUAAUAAUAAACGUACAUCCAGUAGACAUCCAUUUGACAUCACCUUUAUAUAAUUUAUUUAUGGAUAUAUAUUGUACGUCCAAUAGAUGUUCAUACAUGGACCUGUUUUGGACUAUUCAUUUUUUGUUCUAAAAUGGAGGGAAAUUUACAAAUUCGCUUUAUCGUAAUUCAUCUGUAAUAUUAUUAUAAUAAUUAAUAGAUAGGGGAGAGUGGGGAGUUCUGAAACACGCCAAUCUCCGCCAUACUAAGAGAGUUAGAAAUGUUCCAAAAAGCAUUAAAUGUUUCUCUUGACAUAACUUCACUUUUCCGUUUGCAUUCGUCGUGUCAACACGCAUGCUAAGUGUCUCGUUAUUAUGCGAGCAACAAUAGUCCGAAAAGUUUUUUCGACCAUUUGUGUGUGUGAUAUUUUUACGCACGAUUUGAAGCUGAUUGCAAAGGUAAGUAAGUGCAAAAAUAUCAGUGGGCGAUUGCCUUGUCACACACAAAAAGAAUUGUAGAUGAACAUUCGGUGUGUCGAUGGCGAUGCGGCCAGUCUGAAAAUGUCCAAAGUAGAGAGUUGUGAGACACAAACAGUGGGGAGUUGUGAGACACUUAGUGUCUCACAAAUGGCCAGCUUCUGAAAUGGCCAGCACAUCAUCGGCGCCGAGCACAUCGGCUGCAGUUCUUCGCAGUGCAUUGCAAGAUGUUGGACCUUUUAAACACCAGCCAAAAAAUCCAAGCGAGGCCGCAAGUCAAUGGAAACUACCAUUUUGACUUUGCCUGAAAAUAUGACCAGCUUACACAAGAAAACUGAGGACAAGCGGGCAAAGC